AUGGCCACACCAGACGCGGCGAGGUCGGCCGAGACGGCGGCAAUCCUCAAGGUUGAAGAACAAUUAGAAAAAGAUGACCAAGAAGAAUGGGAAUACGAAUAUUCGACCACUGAAACAGAGACCUACUAUUUAACACUCGAUCUCUCAUAUCCCGAAUUCAAAGACAGACAACCACGAACACCGCACCAUAGUCGAGGUGGAUAUUACAAAACUUGGCUGGACCAUAAUCCUAGCUGGAGAGGCCUUCGCGCUGCAGAGGAUAAUGAGGAUGAUAACGACAUCGACAACGACCCUUUGCCGGAACCAGAGGCUGACGACGACGAACCCGAAAUCGACCCGGCCCUGAGCAACGACAAAGGCAAAGGAGUUGAUCGUGGCGACACAGUGGACGAUACAAAGGAGAAUGGGAACAAGACUCGUAAUGAGACUGAGGAUAUUCAGAUAUUGGAACUGCAUUCGCCGCACCCGAUUAUAUCGUACAAAGGUCGAACUUUUGAGGGCUCAUGGGCCGAGGUUGUUGGUACUGAAGGAAUCUUUACAUCACGCGAUAGCGAGAACCCCCUUCCUGCUCUACGCAGUCUAGAAGGAAACGUUGACUUUCUGGGCGCUUGCGCUUCGAGGAUUGCGACCAAGGAGACCAUUGGUAAGCCUAAUAUUAUUCGGGAGGAUCCGCUAGCUGCCAUCAGAGAGGAAUGGAACAUUAGAAUUCCCGUCGGAAAGGACAGGUCGGGCGAGCGAGCUCAGCAGACGCGAUUCUUGGAAAAUCUGAUGGCGCUCAAGAAGAGGAAGGGCGAGACGGAUCAAGUCACCGUAUGGGCAAAAGAUGGCGAAGGACAAGAUUUCAAGGACAAUCGAGACCCUGAAUACAAACCUAGGCGGAGGAGGAGACUGCUGAACGAAGACGGAGAGGAAGUCAUUCCCAAACGAGAGAGGCGGCGUGCAAGUGGACGUAGGGGUGGACGGCCGAGACUUCGAGCCGGCCAGGGUCGCGGUCGCGGAUCAGAGGCCGGUUCGACGACCUUGACGCCAUCCACAGGAAGAGACCUAGAGGGUCCCUAUCCCGAAGGCCACCUAUCGACUCCCACUCCGAGCAGAUGGAAUGACCUGCAUGGAGGGGAAUACGACGAAAUGGACCAGUAUGAUGAGAGCGAGACUACUGAUGAUGAAGACGAAGACAUGUCAAACGCUGAAUAA